AUGAAUGAUAAUCAAUAUUUUCUACGAAUAGUUAAUAAUUAUUCAAGAAAAUAUACAAAUAAAGAUUAUCAUUUAAUUCGAUUAUGUUUUUUUCAAGUUAUUAUUUUUAUUUUAUUAAAUUUACCAGCGGCAUCAUAUAGUUUAUAUUCAUAUAUAACACGAAUGAAUAUUAAAACUAUUAAUCAUUUAGCUAUUGAUUCAUUUAUUAAUACAAUUGUAUCAAAUCUUGCUUAUACUCAUUGUGCAUUAACAUUUUAUUUAUAUACAAUGACAUCGAAAAAAUUUCGAAAAGAAUGUUAUUUAAUUUAUUUUUAUAUUCAACGACGAUUGAUUAAUCUAUUUCAAUAA